AUGGUGUAUAAUUUCAAAGUGUUUAAAAAGUGCGCCCCCAAUGGCAAACUUACUCUGUACAUGCCCAAACGAGAUUUCGUUGAUCACAUAUCUUACGUGGAACCAAUAGAUGGAGUGGUAUUACUUGACGAAGAAUAUGUACGUGGACGCAAAGUUUUCGGUCAAGUUGUGUGCACUUUCCGCUAUGGACGCGAAGAAGAUGAGGUCAUGGGGCUCAACUUCUAUAAGGAGCUGUUCCUGGCUUCAGAGCAGAUCUAUCCGCCGCCUGAGAAGAGGAACUAUGAUCUGUCACGUACGCAGGAGCGACUGCUGAAGAAGUUGGGCGAAACAGCGGUUGCGUUCAGGUUAACCGUGCCGGCAGGUGCUCCUGGCUCUGUUACUUUACAGCCGGGCCUUGAAGAUGAGGGUGAACCAUGCGGUGUACACUACUAUGUGAAGCUCUUUGUUGGAGACUCUGAGAUUGACCGUUCCCACAGAAGGAGUACGGUAGCACUUGGUAUUCGGAAAGUGCAGUACGCACCAGCUAAAGUGGGUCCUCAGCCAUGCACUGUUGUGCGCAAAGACUUUGUUUUAUCACCGGGUCAGCUGGAGCUUGAACUUACUCUCGAUAAGCAGUUGUACAUGCACGGUGAGACCAUAGCGGUAAACAUGUGCGUGCGCAACCACAGUAACAAAGUAGUGAAGAAGAUCAAAGCUAGCAUCCAGCAAAAUGUGGACGUCGUGCUUUUCCAGAACGGCCAAUUCCGCAACGUAGUCGCCAGUGUCGAGACACAGGAUGGGUGUCCACUACAGCCCGGAUCAAGUUUGCAGAAGGUAUUGCACCUUACUCCAAAUCUUGACCAGAAUCGAGACAAGCGUGGUAUCGCUCUAGAUGGUCAACUUAAACGCUCUGAUACGACGCUGGCUUCCACCACACUUUUGCUGGAUCCAGAACAGCGUGAUGCAUUCGGUAUCGUUGUGAGCUACAGCGCAAAAGUGAAGUUGUACUUGGGUGCUCUAAGCGGCGAACUGGUGGCUGAGCUGCCCUUCAUACUCAUGCAUCCCAAGGAAGGGCGCGCAAAGGUUAUCCAUGCAGAUAGUCAGGCAGACGUGGAGAUGUUCCGCCAGGAUACCGUGCAUCAUCAGGAAAGCAUCGAGGUGUACUAA